AUGGCAGCAGAAGGUCGGCCGUUGGACCUGUUGGAGCGCUUCCAGCUUGCUCAAGCACGUGCUGGAACGGUACCCUAUAUCACGAUCAUCGGCGUCAUCCUCAUCCCUCCUGUGGAUCUAAUGCAAAAACUGGCUGAAAUCAGCGUCAAUAUCGACGAACUGAUGAGGGUUCAUCCGAUAUUGGUCGCGGGCAUUGACGAUACUGAUAUUCGACGUCCCAAGUGGAGACCAAAUCACGACAAUCCGCCCUUUGAGUCGAACGGUUCCAUGUUCCACCCCAUUGUCGAAUCCACGGUCAUCAAAGUCCAAUCCAUCGCACAUGUCGUCGGGGCAGAGGAGGCCGAGGCUCAAGGUUUCAAUCUGGCUACUGGGCCUUUGUGGCGCAUUGGAGUCUACGGACUAGACAACGAACCUCCAAACUCCUAUUGCGUCGCAUUGACCAUCCAUCACAUCGUUACCGAUGGCAUGGGUGCUCUUGCCCUAUUAGAACAAGUCAUGCAUCCACCGUCUACGACUUCUGCCACAUCAGCGCGACCACGACAGCAGCCUUUACCGCCCAAAACCCAGAAAACGAUGAGAAUGCAACCCUCUGUCAUGGGUACUAUUCGAAAAGGCGCUCGUUGGCUUCUCAACCACAAAAUGUCUUUGAAGGUAACGCAAGGACUCGGCGCAACUAAGGUAUGGCCGCCAUCAGAUCUGCUCAAGGAUGGACCGAGAAGGGCAGAUGUCGGCCAUAUUUCUGUCAAUUUUGGUCAGGAUGAGAACAGAAUCGUCGAGAGACUAGAAGCUCUGGGUCAUCAAAUUGGCAGUGUACACUCAGUAUUGCACACUGCUGCGGUAAUUGCACUGGCAGCAGCUGUUGCCACUGGAGAUGACACUUUUGACACUAUCGGCACGGAAACGCCCAUGUCGCUACGUCCAGAAGCUCGAAACGCCCCACGUAUCGGCGGCAACUAUACCGGCAUGGUCGAAAGGUCUAUACCGAUAGCCAAGUUGAAAUCAGAGACUAUCGCCAGCUUCACCAAAAAGACGAAUAACUACAUACAUUCACGAGAGGCAAAGAGUGACGCCAGAAGCAGAGUGGGGGAGUUUCGUUUGAUGCCUGACCGAAUAAUACCUGAUUCGUGGAAAGCUAGCCUUACCAAGAGAGGAACAUCAGAAAAUCCAUUUUGCAAUUCGUUGACGAUCUCUAACCUUGGCCGCUUUCAGGGUAGGCAUAUUCGUGGCCUUCAAAAAGUCUGGUUCUGCCAUGCCAGCAUGCCUUGGGGUACUGCCAUCAACAUGGACGUCGUCAGUCUCAAUCUCAGGCAACCAUCAGAUGUCAGUGGAAGAAGGGAAGCAAGGUUAGCCGUGAUGAUCUCGUGGGUGGAUGGUGUCAUUGAAAGGAGGGUUGUCGAUCGCUUCUGCGCAGCACUUGUGAGUGUGGUCAACCUACUAGCAAGAGCCGGAGGUGCACCAAAUAUAGAUCGGCAUGCUAUGCGGGCAAGAAAUCUCCAACACCUCGUGAAUUAG